AUGCCCAGCUCCACUGCGAUGGCAGUUGGCGCGCUCUCCAGUUCCCUCCUGGUCACCUGCUGCCUGAUGGUGGCUCUGUGCAGUCCGAGCAUCCCGCUGGAGAAGCUGGCCCAGGCGCCGGAGCAGCCGGGCCAGGAGAAGCGCGAGCACGCGUCUCGGGACGGCCCGGGGCGGGUGAGCGAGCUCGGGCGCCCCGCGAGGGACGACGGCGGCGGCGGCGGCGGCCGGGACUGGAAGAGCAAGAGCGGCCGCGGGCUCGCGGGUCGGGAGGCGUGGAGCAAGCAGAAGCAGGCCGGGGGCGCCAAGGCCGGGGACCUGCAGGUCCGGCCUCGCGGGGACACCCCGCAGGAGGAGCCCCCGGCCGCCGCCGCCCAGGACGCGACCAGCCCGGACCUCGCACCCACGCCCGAGCCGCCGGAGGAGUACGCGUACCCGGACUACCGCGGCAAGGGCUGCGUGGACGAGAGCGGUUUCGUGUACGCGAUCGGGGAGAAGUUCGCUCCGGGCCCCUCGGCCUGCCCCUGCCUGUGCACCGAGGAGGGGCCGCUGUGCGCGCAGCCCGAGUGCCCGCGGCUGCACCCGCGCUGCAUCCACGUCGACACGAGCCAGUGCUGCCCGCAGUGCAAGGAGAGGAAGAACUACUGCGAGUUCCGGGGCAAGACCUACCAGACUUUGGAGGAGUUCGUGGUGUCUCCAUGUGAGAGGUGCCGCUGCGAAGCCAACGGCGAAGUGCUGUGCACAGUGUCAGCAUGUCCCCAGACAGAGUGCGUGGACCCCGUGUACGAGCCUGAUCAGUGCUGCCCCAUCUGCAAAAACGGCCCCAACUGCUUUGCAGAAACUGCUGUCAUCCCUGCUGGCAGAGAAGUGCAGACCGACGAGUGCACCAUAUGUCACUGCACGUAUGAGGAGGGCACGUGGAGGAUCGAGCGGCAGGCCAUGUGCACCAGGCACGAGUGCAGGCAGAUGUAG